AUUCCUGCAACCAUCCGAUCGCAAGCGCGCAUGCAUGGGCUGAUCAGGAAUUGCUUCCAGAAAACAUCCCAGGAGCUGUCCUGAUGCCGAGCCGUGAAUUGCGAGCUCAGCAUGGCAGCCCGAACAGCGCUCAGAAGAGCGCUUCCCUCGCUGAGAGCCAUCACACAUUCUGAGCAACCAGUACGAUCUACACGACUCAUCUCGACAACCGUCCCGUCGCUCGCCGCGAGCCCAUCCUCCUCCUCAUCCUCGUCCGCUCACCCUUCAAUCCCCGACUAUGCAAUUCCGGAUCCCUCACGGCCGACGCACUUCGGCUUCGAAACAGUAACAGAAGGCGAGAAGCGCGAGCGUGUGGCCGGCGUCUUCACGAGCGUAGCCGAGUCCUACGACCGCAUGAACGACCUGAUGUCCUUUGGCUGGCAUCGGGUGUGGAAGGACCACUUUGUCGCCUCGCUCAACCCGGGCUUUUCUCCCCUUACCACCGAACUCGACCCGCGCGAGCCGCAACACAUCCUCGACAUCGCCGGGGGCACCGGCGACAUCGCCUUCCGGCUGCUGCACACCGCGCACGUCGUCAACGCCAACCCCUCCGUGCGCGUGACCAUCUCCGACAUCAACCGCGCCAUGCUCACCGUGGGGCAGCAGCGCUCGACCUCGCUGCCGGCCUCGCAACAAGCAGCCCUGAGCUUCGUCGAAGCCAACGCCGAGGACCUGACCCUCACGCGCCCGCUGCACCCCUAUCCGUCCGCGCGGGAGCCGACGUCGCACGACGCGCACGGCAGGGAAGAGCAAGCCUUCUUCGACCCGGCGACGGCCACGGGCGGCAUCCCCUCGAACUCGGUCGACCUGUACACGGUAGCCUUCGGGAUCCGCAACUUCAGCAACAUCCCCGCGGCGCUGCGCGAGGCGCACCGCGUGCUCAAGCCCGGCGGCGUGUUCGCCUGCCUGGAGUUCAGCAAGGCGGACGCGCACCCGCUCUUCAACGCGGUGUACAAGGAGUGGUCGUUCCGCGCGAUCCCGCUGAUCGGCCAGCUCGUCGCCGCCGACCGCGACAGCUACCAGUACCUGGUCGAGAGCAUCGAGCGCUUCCCGAGCCAGACCGAGUUCCGCGACAUGAUCGUCGACGCUGGCUUCGUGGUCGCCGGGGACGGCUACGAGAACCUGACCGGCGGCGUGGCGGCCAUCCACAAGGGGAUGAAGCCUCGGUAGUUAGUGUAGGGUUAAACUGGAAGAUGGGAAGCUCAGUGGGUCGGAGCGUUUACAUUAAUCAGCUAGACUCCGGUCAUGUAGGACACCGGAUUGUACUGUAC